GCUCUCUCUGGACUCGAUGUUCGUCUCCGGUUUCAACGCCGUCUCAGUCCUCACCAACGUUGCGGAGAGUAUAUGCCUACGAAUGGAUUCGUGGAGAUGGCGAUGAUGGGUUUGCUGGCUGCAUGAGUUGCUUCGAAUCCCCUUCGCUGCUGCAGCUUUCCGUGGGUCUGUUACGAUGGAUGGCAGGAUGGCACUCAUUCAUCGCAAAGUAUGCUCGCCUCGACACUGACAAGGUCUUCUCUGGAGCCGCAAAAAACACGCUCAGAUUUCAUUCUAUGCUAUCGAGAGAUCCUCUCGUCUCUGGCUUCGUUAUCAGCCCAGACCCUUUCACAACCUCCACCGCCGCGGCAACAGUAUGGCUCGUCCAACUGUAACUGGGGUCUCCUCAAUGAGACUUCGGUACCAUGCCGCUUUGGCGAAGACAAAAAGGUAUCUAUCGAUCCCGAUUAAGCCGGAGCGUCUUCUUGAACCCUGUCUCGAGAGGGGCAGGGCGGGUGGAAGGGGCUUGACUUUGUGGGUCGUACAUGCUCUAGGUAGAGUGACAUAGCUUCGUAAUACAUCCGUUCGAUGGAAAUGCUGUUUCUGAUGGAGGCUCGUGUGAGAUGCGAUGACCCUAUGCCGUGCCAGUAAUCCAACAUGACUUUUGUGGGCAAACGCGAUUGCUGGUGUGCAAGUCCAAGACGAACUCUUCCCACCUGCGUGUCUCUCAUUUGAGCACGGUAUGCGCUCCUCUGGCGGCCAGAUACUGCUCCGUCGUCCCCUGUCCCAU